CAAACAUCCAGUCGCGACAUCAGCCUCGGGAGUCGCGGCUGCUCCUCACCAAAGUUACCAGACGAUUGAGACGCAGUGUCAUACGAGAGAGACUCUGUGUGGGACAGGACCAACGUCGAGCAGGAGCCCUGGUGCCAGCAUCUCCUGAGAACUCCCCGCAACAAAAGCGCCUCCACCGUUAUCAGCCAUCACCCAACCCAUCAAGGUAUUCAAGAUGGAGUCACUAUUCAGUGCAGACCGCUGCGAGAAACUUCGCGACCUUAACGUUGUGAACCUCAUCGUUUCGAGCGUCAUCGUGGUUGGCAUGCUCAUCAGCUACCUACCCCAGCACUUCCGAAUCAUCUCGCGUGGCACCUCUGAGGGCAUCUCGCCGUACUUUAUCCUGCUCGGUACAACCUCGGCGACAUCGGCUUUUGCCAACAUCUUGCUGCUUCCCCAAUCGAGACAAGACGUCGCCUGCUGCAAGGAGCUCGAGACAUUGCACUGUGUUGCUGGACUGCUUGGGAUUGCGCAACUAGGUGUGCAGUGGAUUUGCUUCACCUUCAUCUUCGUCUUGUUCCUCGUCUUCUUCCGAUAUAAUCCCGCCCACGACCCCGAUAACGAAGAGCUGGGUGAAGAGGAGGACCAGCCGAGGUGGCAGACAGCUCUGUUGGUAGCCUCGUUGACCCUGCUCCACGGCCUCGCUGUCAUUCUCGUUACGGGCAUUCUGUCGACGCUUGCCAAGGACCACCUGGAAAUUUGGGCCAACGUACUGGGCGUCAUGGCUGCUCUUUUGGCGGCAGUGCAAUACGUUCCGCAAAUCUGGACGACUUACCAUCUUAAGCAUGUGGGCAGUCUCAGCAUUCCCAUGAUGUGCAUCCAGACGCCCGGUGGCUUCCUCUUUGCGGCCAGCUUGUUUGCGCGCCUUGGCUUGGCUGGUUGGAGUUCGUGGGGCAUUUUCGUCCUGACGGCCACCAUGCAAGGGCUGCUGCUGUACCUCGCCAUCUACUACGAGAUCCAAUCCCGCAACGGCCUCGUCAGUUCAACCAUUGACAGCCUGCCGCCAUCACAUCUUCACGCUAAUGGCUUUGAUGAUGAUACUCCCGGCCGGUACACCUCUCACCCCGAACACUACGCCAACUCCCCAGACCAUCUCCAGACCAUCUUGGAUCGUCAGGAUAGCGACGCAGCAGCGGAGACCACACCGCUGCUCAAGCCCGGCGGUAUUGGCGACCCUCACAGGAAUUUUGACACCAACCGUGGAUAG